GCCUUAUCUCCUUGGUGUUGUGGUCGUUAUAGCUUGGGUCUUCUCCAGAAUAUCAGAUGGAGAACACAAGCCGACAGGUUCAGCACAGCACCCACUAUCUUCUAUCAUGGCUUCCUCAACUCUCUCCCCUGCAGCUUCUUCGCAGCUAUGCUCCAGCAAGAGUGGCUUGUUCUGCACAUCACAAGCUCUCCUGGUGAAACCAACAAGGUCCCAGAUGGUUAAAAAGGACAAGGGAAUGAGACUCACAUGCCAGGCCACCAGCAUUCCCGCUGAUGAUAGAGUGCCAGACAUGGGCAAGAGGCAGCUCAUGAAUCUGCUUCUGUUGGGGACUGUUUCACUCCCCACAGGUUUCAUGUUGGUUCCUUAUGGGGCCUUCUUUGUCCCACCUGGUGGGCUAGGUGCUGGCGAGGGUACUGUUGCCAAGGACGCAAUUGGAAAUGACAUCAUUGCUACCGAAUGGCUUAAGACCCAUGGCCCUGGAGACCGAACUCUGACUCAAGGAUUGAAGGGAGAUCCGACCUACCUAGUGGUUGAGAAAGACAAAACUCUUGCAACAUAUGGUAUAAAUGCCGUCUGCACACACCUUGGAUGUGUUGUUCCAUGGAAUCAAGCUGAGAACAGAUUCAUAUGCCCCUGCCAUGGAUCUCAGUACAACGAUCAAGGAAGAGUUGUGAGAGGACCUGCCCCCCUGUCCUUGGCAUUGGCUCAUGCUGAUGUGGAUGAUGGGAAGGUAGUCUUUGUCCCAUGGGUCGAAACAGAUUUCAGAACUGGUGAGGCUCCAUGGUGGGCUUAAACAUCUUCUCAGUUCAUUCCCCCGCUUUUGGAUAUUUAAGAUUUAUUCACUCUGUAUGUUUUGCACCAUCGCCAAACAUCGUGUACCAUAGAGUUAUCCUCUGUAUAAUGCAAUUUGUAAGAUGCAAGAACCUAAUUCCAAAUAAUAUUCUCGUGAUAUUGAAAAGUGUUCUUUCAUAUCUA